GAUUACUAAUCCUUAAAUAUUAAAAAAAAAGAAGAAAUAAUUUUAUCCUCUCAAGCCGUGGUCUCCUCAGAGAGGUUGCAGAGACCAUACUUUCUGGUGUUCCUUCCUCUCGGGUGCUGGAUGGGGAUGUGAGCUUCUUCUUCUUCGUCCCCUCUUCCAAAAAGACGAAAGAGAAAACCUUUUUUUUACUCUCUAUAUAUAUAUAUAUAUAUAUCCAUGGCCCUUUCUCUCCUCUCUCCAAUUCCUUCCUCUGCCUCUCUCUCCGCCUUCCCCGCUCCUAAAAAUGCCUCCUUUCUCUCUUCUAUUUACUCCUUAUAUCACCCCAAAGGAACCCUCGGAAGCAGCAGAACCGCGACCUCGUUUUUCGGCGGUUUCAGAGGCUCGGCGAGGAUUGAGUCCACGGCGGCGGAUAAGAAGAGGCAAAUGGUUUCUAGAAACGGAGAAUUCGAUGAAGGAGAAAUCGAGAGAAUCGGAGGUCAAGACGAGGACGACGAGGAAUUGGUAGAAGGACAUGAUGAUAAUUCACCUUCUUCCCCUGACAGAUGGGAUGUCUUGGGUCUCGGCCAAGCCAUGGUAGAUUUCUCUGGAGUUGUGGAUGAUGACUUCCUAAAGAAACUAGGCUUAGAAAAGGGAACGAGGAAGCUUAUAGAUCACGAGGAGAGGGGUAGAGUCUUACAAGCUAUGGAUGGCUGCAGCUAUAAGGCGGCUGCUGGAGGGUCAUUGUCCAACACUCUUGUUGCUCUGGCUAGAUUAGGCUGUCGUUCCAUCAGUGACCGGCCUUUGAAUGUCGCUAUGGCUGGCAGUAUUGCAGGUGACCCUCUCGGUAGCUUUUACAGGACUAAACUACGACGAGCAAAUGUAAAUUUUCUAUCUGCUCCAAUCAUGGAUGGAACAACCGGAACAGUGAUUGUUCUCACCACUCCUGACGCACAACGUACUAUGCUUGCCUAUCAGGGAACAUCUUCAGUCGUUAAUUAUGAUUCUUGCUUGGCUAGUUUGAUAUCCAAAACAAAUGUCUUUGUCGUGGAAGGCUAUCUGUUUGAGCUUCCUGAUACUAUUAGAACCAUCACAAAAGCCUGCGAAGAAGCCCACAGAAACGGAGCACUUGUUGCUGUGACUGCAUCAGAUGUGUCUUGCAUAGAAAGGCAUUACGAUGAUUUCUGGGACAUUGUGGGCAACUAUGCAGAUAUUAUAUUUGCCAACAGCGAUGAAGCAAGAGCGUUCUGUCACUUCUCCGCAGACGAAAGCCCAAUCUCAGCGACAAGGUACUUGAGCCACUUUGUCCCAUUUGUUUCAGUGACCGACGGAAUCAACGGGUCAUACAUUGGAGUUAAAGGAGAAGCCAUAUACAUUCCUCCAUCCACGUGCGUGCCAGUAGACACGUGCGGCGCUGGAGAUGCUUACGCUUCGGGGAUCUUAUACGGUAUCUUGAGAGGUGUCACUGACUUGAAAGGAAUGGGAGACUUGGCAGCUACGAUUGCAGCCACCGUGGUGGGCCAACAAGGAACCAGGCUAAGGGUUCAAGACGCGGUUAGGCUGGCAAGGUCACAUGAGUUCCUUAUCAAAAGUUCUGGUGUUCGAACUGAUGUUGGGUCUUGAUCCACAAUGAUUCUUUUGUUUCUAUGUAGCAGUGGUGCUUUUGCAAAUGACUUGUAAUCAUCUUUUUUUUCGUUUAGUGGAAACAUUUGGAAUAUUUGUUGUAUGUAACAUUUUUUGUAUAUAAGCCUUUAUUCACAACAUUUAUAUAUACGCAAAGUGUUUCCAACA